UUUUCUUUUUUUUUUCUUUUCCUCCUCUCUCCUUUCCACUUUCCGCCUAAUAAGAGUUGCGAAAACGCAUUCAAUCUCCUUCUAUCAUUAUUAUUACCAAACAAAAUAAUAAAACCAGGAAAAAGGGUAAAAACAGGAGAGAGAGAGAGAGCGAGAGAGGGGGGCGGGUGUCGGGAGAGAUACCGACGAGGAGAGGAGAGAGAGAGAGAGAGACAGGGAGAGAGAUAAAGAGAGAGAGGGAGAUGGUGUUUCGGAGCGGGUGGGUGGCGGGGGCGGCGCGGGCGUCGGCGGAGCUGAGCCAGUACGUGGCGUGCAACCCGGAGCGGCUGUCCGGCGAGGAGGUGCUCCACCUGCUGUGCUGUCUGCCCCUCCGCCACCUCCUCCGGCUCGCGUCCUCCGUCCUCUCCUUCCUCUGCUUCCCCACGAUCUCCCCCGCCCUCCUCCUCCAUCGCCCCCGCGCCACCCGCCGCGUCGUCCUCCUCCUCCGCUCGACCUCCUCUUCCUCCUCCUCCUCCUCCUCCUCAUUGUCUUCUUCCUCCUCCGAUGGCUACGACUCCGCCCUCUACCGACCCCACUCCGAUUAACAAACAGCAGCAGGAGGAGAGACGGAGACGCUUCCGAGAUCGACGUGGAGGUGGAGGUGAAGAUAACUAACUGAGCAAGUCCUAUUUCGGAUGCAAAUUAAAUUGGGAAAGAAGGGACUUUCUCAAGCAUGUUUGAUGAAUUCCAAAUCUGCUCCUAGCAACAUGUGCUUAUAUUAUACCUUCUCCUGUCUUACCAUCAUUUAUUAAUGUCCUUUUUCCAAUAUCUUGAAAGUUGAAACCAAAAAAGCAAUGGUUUGAUGUUUCAGAUCAUAUGCGCCUUAUGAAAUAGUUUUCAAGGGGAUUAAACCAUGGUUCCUAUAUCCUUAUAACUAAACCCGACUACUUUGUGAAAACAACUGCCAUAGAGAAUGUGAAGAAAAUUCAAAAAUUAUAUAUCGGUGGUAUUUGUUUCUCUUGUACUAUUUUUCAUAGUGAUUUGGGUUGAAUACAAGGCCACAUAUGAUUUUUGGUUUCUCGGAUGCCAAAAGCUAGCUUUGUUUAAUUUGCUAUAUGGUCUUCAUUUAGUAUCUAUAGGUUGAUCUUUUGAAGCAGUCCCCUUCUGCUGUAGUACAUGUGUGAACGCUCAACAUUCCUAUGAUCUCCAGUAUCUUCAUAUACUGCAUUAUGCAUUUGGUUCUUGAUGCCUUUUGUAUGAUGCUUCUAACUCCCCACAUACUCAAUAUGACGGUGUUAUAAACCCCUUCAAGUUUCUCCAAGUAUCUUGUCUUACUGGGGUAUGCUAUAGUGUGAGAAAUAAUAUGUCUAUGCAUUCAAUAUACUACAUUGGAAUAUAUGAAACUGAUAGCUUUUAAAA